UCAGGCGCGUUUGCGUUCUAGGUCUAGGAAAUCAUCUCUCAUCAUGGCACGCAAGAAAACUAGACAGCAGGAUCCCAAUGAUUCAUCGGACUCGGGUGAUGGCAAUGGGGGAGGACAAGGCUCAGCCAACCCAUGCGCCUGCAAGCACAUAGCAAGAGCUGUACAGUUAGGAGUAGUAAAGAAAAAAUUGAAAGGCGGAAUCAGAACAUCAUGCGAUACAUGUGCCAAACAGACAAAGAAUGCCAAUAUUGUUCCUGAUGUUUCCUUAUGUAAUGAAAAUGAGUUAAGUGAUUCAAAUUGGACCUAUUGGUUCUGUCUUGCGUGCGCACACGUUGGUUGUGGACGCGGUCAGCACAAGCAUGCUAUUGCUCAUUUUAAUACACCUCGCUCAGAGCAGCAUGAUUUAGUUGUGGAUAUAGAGUCAUGGAACGUAUGGUGUUAUACUUGUGAACAGAAAAUGGCAUUUAACUCAACAAAAAAGUUGCAGGAAUGUGUUGAGUAUGUUCGGCGGCACAUACAGACAUCUAAAUCUGUUGAAUCUUCUUCAGUUCAAAGCCCUAAUUUAGUUAAUGUUUCUCAAGCUGAGUCUACUGCUGCAAAUAGCUCAACAGCUACUGCUGUAAAUGACAAGGAUGUUAAAGUGAGAACAAAUGUGCCCGUUGGUAGUUCUAAAAUUGCAGCCAAGCCAAUCAAAGUUAGGGGUCUCAUGAAUCUGGGAAACACUUGCUUUUAUAACUCAGUGCUUCAAUGUUUGAGUGUCACUCCUUAUCUAACCAAAGUUUUGGAGAGGCUUACUUGUAGUGGGGAAGAAUUUACUCUACCAGGAGAUGCCAAAUCAGAAGAUUUUAAGGCUCCUGCUGUCCUUGGACAGCUUGGGGAUUCUGGAGCAAUAACACUUGCACUUUUAUCUACAUUACUGGAUAUGAGAAGUCCUGACCUGCAUGCAGACACAAUUCGACCACAAAAACUUUUAAAACAAGUUCAAGAUUCUUUUUCCCAAUUUCGUGGAAAUGAACAGCAUGAUGCUCAUGAGCUCUUGCGACAUCUUCUAGAAGGUGUCCGAUCAGAUGACCUUAAGCGUUUUCAACGAGUAAUUUUGGAACAACAUGGAAUUUUUGGAUCUGUGAAGAAUGGUGUUGAUGAUCAUGUUAAGAAAAGAAUGAAAUUGUAUGGCCAACAACUGCAAGAUUUUAUUUUGGGGGUAGAAGGCAUCUUUAAAGGACAGUUAGUAAGCAUUGUUGAGUGCCAGGACUGCAAACACCAUUCAACUCGGUUUGAGAGUUUUCUUGAUCUAAGUCUUCCAGUUAUGGAAGAUAAGCCUUUACCACCGAUGAGGAAAAGAGAACAGACUGAGAGCAUUGUUAGUGACAGUGGUCCUUCCAAAUAUCAAGCCAAAAAGCAGAAAAAAGCAGCAAGGAAAAAUAACAAAUUACAGAAGUACAGAAGGAAUGAGAAAAUGGAUGGGUGUCUCACCAUUUUAGAGGAAACAGCGAAAGCACCUGAUGGCCUAGAAUCUGAAGAGAGCGAUGCUGAUGUCGAAGAUAAUGUAGAACAGGAUACUGCUGACCCAGCAGAGGGCAGAGAAGUGGUGGUGGAGUCGGGGUAUAGCUCUGAAAAACAAAACACCGGAGAAUCUGAUGGAACAAGCCCUUCAAUCACUACUGGCAAUGAGGAAGCUGAAGAGAUUGUGGGGAAAGUGGAUGCAACUUCUCCUCCCGCACCGGCCUCUCCUGAUGUGUCUGCCACUGCUUGUUUUUCUCCUUCAGCACCUGCAUCCCCAACUGUUUCCACGUCACCAGUUGCACCUGAGUCUCCCACAGCCCCUGUCUCGGCAUGCGCCUCAAGCUCUCCCAGCCCCAUCAUGCGGCAGAGGACAAGUGUAUCUGUUGAGGAUUGGUCCACCUUUCACACUCCUGAGCAUGUUUGUUUGGGCAGCCCUUGUACUUACAACUGCAAAGCUAACGGCGAGAUGAGAUGUUUCACUCCAAUUGACGAGGAACUUCGAAUAACUAUUCCCGAGAGUGGUGAGGGCUCAAUUCACAUCUCACCCGUAAGUCAUUCUGAGCGGCCAGUGUCUCGCCGCGGCUACUUUCCUGGUGACAAUUGUACAGAAGGGGGUGUGGCACCCGACUUUACUCCAGAACUCGAAAACAGGCUAUUGUCUUUGUGCCUAAAUGACAAUCAAGAUUGCUCACCAGAGAAUGCAAUCAAAGCUGAAAAGACGUUUGAUCUGUGUGAAAAUGCAGAAAGCCUACAAAGUAUAAAAGAAGAGAAUGGCAAUGACACCGAUGACCUGGAGCAAAAAUCUAGCCUUGCGCAUGACCAUGAUGGAAACAUUGAACCUAUCGGUGAAACCUUCAAAGUUGGAGAUGCCAUUGAACGCAAAGAUGAUGUGAGUGACUGGUGUAAGACAUUGGCUCCCAGGCACCAGUCUGAAGAGGGAGAUUGUUCUGUAACAUCUUGUCUUAACCAAUUCACAUCACUUGAACUUAUGACUGGGAACAACAAAGUUGGCUGUGAUGCUUGUACACAAAAGCAAAAUAAAGGUUCCGAGGGGAAAACAGUCUAUACUAAUUCAACUAAACAGUUACUUAUUAGUUCACCCCCACCUGUGUUAAUUUUACAUCUUAAACGCUUUAUGAUGGAGAACUUCAGGUUCAAGAAGCUGCAGCGUUUUGUCAGUUUUCCUAAAGACCUUGAUAUUGCUUCGUUCUGUUCCACUAAGAGCAAGGAUACUCCCUCCAUUGGAGAGUCACAAACAGAAGUUCAAUAUUCCCUAUUUGGAAUUGUAGAACACACUGGGUCCUUAAACACAGGGCAUUAUGUUGCUUACAUAAAGAUCCGUUCUGACCUUGAAGAAAAUGAUCCACGGUGGGCCUACUUACCUCUCACUCGAGACUUUGUAUAUCCACAUGUUGAUAGUUCUGUCAAGGAAUCCACAAACAAGGGUAAUAUUGAAGAGAAGUGGUACUCCAUAAGUGAUUCCAGGGUAGUUGAAAUUGCGGAAGCCAAAGUUUUAAAAGUGCAAGCUUACCUUUUAUUCUAUGAAAGAAUUGUGUAAAAAUUCAUAUUUUUUUGAAAUUUGUAAGUUAAGGUGAAUCAAUGUACAAGUUCCUCUACCUUGUUAAAACUAUCACAAAACUGUGUAGACGGAGAUACACUGGAAGUUAGCCAUUGAACUAUCAGCUACUUAAGCCAUGUAAAUCAAAAGAUUUAGAUUUCUAUCUAAAAUUUUUCAUGAUUGGUAGCAUUCCUGAUCUUGGUUCCAUUGUAUCUUGUAUUCCAAUACAUAGUAGAGUACGCAUUGUCAACAAUUAUCUGUGAUAUUCUGUGCUGUUGAUUCUGUUAAUAUAGGUAUAUUGGUGAUUUAUUAAGUUUUUCUGGUGAAUUUUUAUUACUUCUAUAUGUUUUACAUCUUCUCUUUGUUUAAAAAUCUAGACAGUCAAUUUCUCUCUUGGUUUAUUAGCACUCCUUGCAAGUAAAAAAAAUGUGUUACCUGACUUAAACUGUAUUGCAUUGCAUGUUUCAAUUUUAUUUUUAAUUACCGGUAGCCUAUAGUUACAAUACCUUUGGAAAUUGGCAUCUAGUCAAAUAUUAUCGUACACCGUACCUUUGUGCGUCAUUGUACUAGUGUGGCUGUAAUUGUAAUUUGAACUAACCAGCAAACUGUCAUGAAAUGUGCUGAACUAAUUAUUUUAGGAAUUUUUCUCAUAUCAGAUAAACACUCAGAAGAUUCA